AUGGUGUCGCAAGAUAAAAAGAAACUUUCGAAGUCAGAGAAAAAGAAAUUGUAUCAGGAUAGAGGAAAGAAAGGGGCUGAAGUAAGAGGUCUUGGAACUGGAUCUCGAAUAGAUUUUUCCCUUCCAGCGCAAUGGACAACAGAAGUAACAUCAUACGACCAUCACGAUGUGGUGAAAUAUAUUUCUCCAGGCAAAACGAUGUAUCACACGUCAACAAAAGUCAAAGAGACGCUGGCUAAAAGAAAAAUGGAUUUCUGCUUAGAUAAGUCAUCAGAGUCUUCGGGUAACGAGACAGAUAACAAGGAUGCAGACUUUGAGCCAGAUCCAUCCCCAAAACGGCGGAAAAUGGUUCGCGAGGAACCUUUGCAGAAUCCAUUGAAAGUGGAGCGACAACUUUGUGUUUGUGAAUCUUCGCAGAUAAUCCGUCUGAUUGAUGACAUAAACAAAACCUCUCGUUGCUCUACGCCCGAUUGCAAUGGUAUGUUUCAUGAAUUGUUGAACUGUUGCCGUUUUAAUUUUUUUUAGUGUAGCUUUGAGUUCAUUCAGGCCAGAAGGUGAAUAAUAUUUUGGUGUUGUAGGUGUCAUACAAUCAUCCGAAUUUGAGGUCAUUUCUCAGAACACAUUUGAGGCAGUUUCAUGAACUUCCUAUCCUUGUUGUACGUAAAAAAAAAAUGCUUGAAAUCAAUGUCCCGACAUUGACCUAUCAACAUUUUUCCUUCAUUUUGAUAACUUAGCUGGCUAAAUUCUCGCUUGUUUCAUCAAGGCAACAAUAAAUUGGUGCUUCACUUCAAAUAUUUCUAAGAAUACCCCUCUACUACAACUUUUAGGUCAGCUGAUACCCUCUAGAGUUGAGACAGUAGGCCUUGGUGGAACCAUCAACAUCACAUUUGCUUGUAGUGGGUGCCAGUUGAGAAGUGUCUCUUUCCAAGGGUCAUCUAUGGUUGAAGCAUCAAGGAGAACAGUUGUUGGACUAGCCCUAGCUGUGGCAUUUAUUGUCUCAGGACAUGGGUUUGCAAAGUUCCAUAGAACUCUGAACCAGUGUCUUGGCAUCCAAGCCAUAUCCAAGAAUCGGUUUUUCGAGGUUGUCAAAUUGAUAUAUCCCCACAUUCAAGACAUCUUGACAGAAAUGUGCGAUGAGGAAAAGGCACAAAUGAAAAGGAUUGACAGCAAUGUCUUAGGAAGUUGGCAACGCGCAGUCGUUACCUCUGAUGGAGUGUGGCACACCAGAGGCCAUUUUAGCAAAAAUGGCUCCUUCAUCAUAAAGAAUUACCUAACUGGGGGUUUACUAUGGUUCGGCCACAAGUGCAUGCGUGAAAGUUCAGAGGAUGAUGAUUUGUUUUUGGGGACUGCCAAAUCAAUGGAAGGUAUUCUCGCAGAUGAGUGCUACCAUCAGGCUAAAAGUGAAGGUUGUAAUGUUGUGGUAGUAUGGCAGGAUGGUGAUUCCAGUUCCCAGAAGUUUGUUGAGAAAGUUUUUGGAGCUGAGCCCAGGAGGGUAUUCAAGUGCGGGGGUCAUGUUGGAAGGGCUCAUGCGAACAAUUUGAAAGACUUAGCUAAGCAAAAGGUCUUUUCAGCUGGACAAAUUACUAAAUGGAAAGAUACAUUCCCUGCUGUUGAAUCAGCCAAGUGUGCUUGUAAGCGCCACAGCAAAACCUGUGGCUGUUUGUCUGACGCAUUUAUCCAGGGUGCACGGUUGAACCACUUCUGCUGUUUGCAGCAGUGCAAGAGUCCAGAUGACUAUGCAAGGCGUAUGAGGAGUUUAGGGGGUCAUCACUGCAAAGAUGAACAUGAAUGGGCUGAUGGGAAAUGUGAUUUCCAGCCCAGUACUGUUUGCUCUUGUGGUAAAUGCAACCAAGAUGAGGAAAUAUCCUGUGAGGGAAAAGCGUACUCCACCAAGUCAGUGCUAAAAUGCGAGUUUCAUCAGCUAGCCUACCAAACAGAAUGUGAACUCCAAGCAAAUGAUGCUGAAGCUGUUAUUCACCCUGAAUUGGGAAGGGGACAGUCCAAUUUGUGUGAGGCACAUUUCACUGUCCUGCCACAUUUCAGAGCAAAGGACCAAAGCUUAUGCAGGUACGUACAUGUGAACAAUAGCUUAGCCCAAUUUAUAGAGGACUUUUCUGAAAACAGCCUGUUGGUGAUGGUAACUUUCUGUAUAGACUAUUACUGACUGUGAUUGGUUUUACUGGUAGUCUUGUUUCAUGUUCUUCAGCAUUUUUGCCAUCUUACUCUUGAUAAUUCACAUUUUCUUCAGAACAUACUUUCUUCGAACAUCAUUACUAUUAUAAAAUUAUGUGUGUUACUAUUAUUAUUAUUAUUAUUAUUAUUAUCAUCGUCAUUAUAAGAAUUAUCAUUGUUGUAGAGCACAUUAUUUUCUUGUUUCCAUGCAACAAAAAAGAAAAAUGAAAUCUGAGAAUGUCAGGAAAAAUGGCUUUGCACUUUGUAUGUUUGAUCACUACUUAUCUUGAUUAGGCACUAUUGGAGAGUUAUUAGGAAAAUGAGGAAAUCAGAAGCACAGGAAAAUUAACAACUGAUUCCCUGAUCAUGAUUUCUCCAUAGGUUGCAUUACAUCACAUCAACAAACUGUGGACUUGCCCAGGGAAACAUGACAUGGUGUUUUAACCAUCGUGGACCUGACUACCGCUGGAUUGUUGAUUUAUACGAACGCAUAAAUCUGCCUGUCCUACCUGAAGUUGUCCGUGGUUUCCAACAAGCCACUAAGGAGCGAAUGACGGAAUUGGAGAAGAAGACUGAUGAAGCGAAACAAAAGAGGGUCUCACAAAAAAUUGCCCGUUCAGAAGACCAAGAAGAACGAAAAAAAUGGGUCAAGUGGCAAGCCAUUCUUCACACAUAUGGUGCGGAGGAUGAGGAUGAUGGCAGUGAAGAGAAUAGAACCUUGGUCCAAGAAGCUGAGCACUUAAUGGGGGGCGAGGAAACAGUGAUAGUCAGUGGACGGAAAUGUAGGUGUGGUUCAACGACUCACUUGCGUACCUCAAGUCGCUUGUGUCCACUCAACAAGAACAAUGCCAACUAA